AUGUUUCGUCGCAUCCUACUCGCGGUGAUCGUUUUGAGCACCUUUGCCGCGGCCGUUCCCACGCAGAUCCCACCCCGCGCCGCCCGCGGAAAGCUGACCGUGUACUGGGGCGCCGAAGACUCCAGCACCACCCUGGACAAUGUCUGCAGCGACCCCUCGUACGACAUUGUUAACCUCGCCUUUCUGAGCUACUUUUUCAGAGACGGCGGGUAUCCCCAGCUCAGCAUCAGCACGCUCGGCGGCCCGUCGCCCGCCCAGCAGGCGGCAGGCGCGACGUCCCUGCAGGACGGCGCCGAGCUGGUGCCGGCUCUCCGAAAGUGCCAGCGGAGCGGAAAGCGCGUCAUACUCAGCAUGGGUGGCGCGCAAGAGUACGCAGACGUGACGCUCAAGGAUGACGCGCAGGGCGAGCAUAUUGCGCAGACGGUCUGGGACCUGUUCCUCGGCGGCACCAAUAAUGCGGCGCUUCGCCCCUUUGGAAGCGUGAAGCUGGACGGCGUGGAUUUGGACAACGAGUCUGCAAACCCCACGGGCUACGUCGCCAUGACGAAAAAGUUCCGCAGCCUCAUGAACGCCGACGCCAGCAAGCAGUACUUUCUCACGGCAGCGCCGCAAUGCCCCUUUCCAGAUGCGUCGGAGCCUCUUGAUGUGGUGCAGCUGCUCGACUACGUGUGGGUGCAGUUUUACAACAACGGAGACUGCAACAUUGCCCAGUCGGGCUUCAACGACGCCGUGCGGACCUGGAGUCGAGGCAUCGGCAACGCCACGCUCUUCAUCGGCGCCUUGGCCAGUGGCGCAGACGGAGACCAAGGGUUCGUGGAUGCUAGCACGUUCAAUUCGGCGAUUGAGGGGGUGAAAGCUAUGAAUUUGCCCAACUAUGGCGGUGCCAUGCUCUGGGAAGCUCAGUUGGCGGUCAAUAACGGCAACUACCAGACACAAAUCCGAGGCUCUCUGUAA